AUGAAAGAUGACAGCACUGCAGAAACUAAUAGUGGUGGUAGUAGCAGGAGUCAUUUGACUGGAGCAUCCGAUCAGAAGAAUUCCGGUGAUUGCAUGGUCGACGAUUGCGUUGUCAUCGAUGAUCUACGCGAUAAGCAGUGUCAGUGUCACCUUGGAAAACUCGGUGAUAAUCAAAAGUCACAGCAACAACCGAACGGUCGUGCACACUCAGUACCAUCACUACCACUAAACUACCCAGACUCCUCAGAUCCACAACAACAUCAGCAAGCUUCACCUAAAUCUCCAUCAUCAUCAUCUUCAUCAACAACAACUAAGAGUUCAAUUUCAAAUUCCAUUUCGAAUUCAAAUUCAAAUUCAGAUUCCAACAACAAAAAUUUAAAUAAUAAUAAUAACAAUAACAAUAAUAAUAACGGUAAUAACAACGGUAACAAUAAUAGUAAAGACAAUGGAAAUGGUUUGGUGAUAUCCGAUCAAUUACCAGCAGAGUAUUCACCAUCUAAAGUCCAUAUAUUGGUUGUCGAUGACGAUAUAGUUCAACGAUCUCUAUUAAACAAUAUGUUAAAAAAAUUUAAUUUUAAUGUUACACUUGUUACAAAUGGUGAAGAAGCAUGGGAUACAUUGUUAAACGGUAAAGUUAUGUAUGAUUUGGUAUUAACCGAUGUCAUGAUGCCAAUGGUAACUGGAUUUGACUUGUUACAAAGAAUUAAUGAACACAUUGAAAUUAAACAUAUACCAGUCAUUUUGAUGUCUGGAACAGCUGUAGAUUAUAAAUAUGCAAAUGAUACAAUUAAAAUUGGUGGUCAAGAUUUUCUUACAAAACCAAUUGCAAAAGAGUUGUUGAAAAAGAAAAUCGAUACCGUUCUAACUAGUAUUUGGCAAAAGAAGAAAGAAGCAGAGUAUAAAUCUUUCUUGGCAAGAGAAAGGGAGAAUAGAAGUAUUUUAGCGAAACAAAUGGAGGCUAAGGAACAUGAGAUUGAAGAAUUGACCAGAAAGAUAUCAGAGAUGGCAUCGAUCUCCAGAGAGGCAAUGGAAUCACCACUCGUUUCCGUCACCAGAACCAUCGAAGAACUGAUGCAACAAACCAAUUGGACUGAUCACGAAAACGAUAUUAAAUAUAAAUUAACAAUGAUUCUAAAAGAAUUAGGAUCAUCAAAUAUUUAUCGACCAUCAUUUGAAAAGUUGAUAAAGAAUGAAUCGGUAGAUCCUGUUACAAAGAGUUUUUUGGUGACGGAAUUCUCGUCGGUGACAGGCGCCCGAAGAAACUCCAUUCCAACAUUCCCACAGACUGUCUCGAGCAAAGACACCAAAGAGGGAAUCAAAGGUUGGAACUUUGAUGUAUUUAGAUAUUCCGAGGAUGAUUUGAUGCCCAUGUUGGUCGAUAUGUUUGAGAACUUCCAGCUACUUGAAACAUUUAAGAUUCCCAUCGAAAAACUACAGAGAUUUAUUAUGGCAGUACAUUCACUCUAUAGAAAAAGCAACAGAUAUCAUAACUUUUUACAUGCAUUCGAUGUAACACAAACAUGCUAUACAUUUUUAACCACUUUUAAAGCAGCGCAAUACUUGACACAUUUGGAUAUUCUGUCAUUGUUGAUCGCUGCGAUGUGCCAUGAUCUCAAUCAUCCUGGUUUCAAUAAUACAUUCCAGGUCAAUGCUCAAACAGAUCUAACUUUACAAUAUAAUGAUAAUUCAGUUUUAGAAAAUCAUCAUGCAACCUUAACAUUUAAAAUACUUAAAAAUAGUGACUGUAAUAUUCUCGAAGGUUUGAAUGAAGAUCAAUACAAGGAAUUAAGAAGAUCAGUUAUUCAAUUAAUUUUGGCCACUGAUAUGGCAUUCCAUUUCGAACUGGACGGUCGCUCCGAAGAGGAAGUUGAAAAAGAUAAGACUCCAACUUCCUCUGAUAAAGCAUCGCCCAACUCACCCACCGAUUCACCAUCACAAUCUGUCAACUCCUCUAGUUCCUCUGUCAAACAACUACCAAAGAUUGAUGAAGAGAACUAA